UUCGCUAUUUACUAUUUAAAUAAUAUUCUUAUUUAUUCUAAAACUCUCGCAAAAUAUAAAGAAUACGUAAAAAAAGUACUAAAUAUAUUAUACGAGUACAAACUCUCUAUUAAUAUAGAGAAGAAUAAAUUCUAUAUAAAGGAGAUUAUAUUUUUUAGAUAUUUAAUUUUAGAAAAUAAAGUUAGGAUAAAACUAAAUAAGGUAGAAGCUAUACGGAAUUAA